AUGGCGGUACAUACUCAACCCCCUGAUUUUUGCAAGCAUUGUGAAGUGGCUGGACACAACGUCGUUCACUGCCAUCUUUUUUUCCAGGACUUGACCAACUUUGCCAACACUGUUGGUAUUGAAACUGGGUAUACCACCCAGAGCUCGGCUCUUAUGUAUCAGACUUCCAGUAUCCAGAAACCCUACCGUGUUGCCCACUGGGGCAAAGGAAAGAAGGCUUCCAACAAUGCUUCUUUUGCCGCCAAUUUCGGAGUCGCCGGUCAAGGAAAUGGCACCUCCUUGAACCUUGGGGCAAAUUUGAAUCCGAUUGAAGCCGAAACGCUGGCUAGAUACUUAGAGCACUAUCAAAUCCACUGGCUAUGGUGUCGUGAGCUAUGGGCCUAUUUUUUGAUGCAUCAGCAGCCAGAGGGCGCCAAUAGUGGAAAAGGCGAGCACCGGGACGAAGACGGUCGCAGUGGGCCUUAA